AUGGGGAAAUCUUCAAAAGAUAAGCGCGAUGCUUACUAUCGCCUGGCGAAGGAGCAAAAUUGGCGCGCCCGGUCCGCCUUCAAGCUCAUUCAGAUUGACGAGCAGUUUGACCUCUUCGAGUACGAGAACCCUGACCGCGUGACGAGAGUUGUGGAUCUUUGCGCUGCACCCGGUAGCUGGAGUCAGGUUCUCAGUCGCGUGUUGAUCAAGGGCGAGAGUUUCGGGCGACGAGCAUGGGUCGACAAAAAACGAAGGGAGAAAGAAGUCCUGGAGAAUGCCGACAAUGCGACGACAAGUGGUGACAAAGAGACAGAGAUCCCGUUCGGCGAAAGCGAUCCAACUUCCGAGCUGAAGCCGCGCAAAAAUGUCAAAAUUGUCUCCAUCGAUUUGCAGCCUAUGGCGCCUCUGGAAGGAAUCACGACCCUUAAGGCUGACAUUACCCAUCCGUCCACUAUUCCUCUUCUACUUCGGGCACUAGACCCCGAGGCCUACGGGUCUUCAACGCAACCUUCGAGUUCCGAAUCGCAACCACACAUUCCAGUAGCAGUGAAGCAGCCUCAUCCAGUGGAUCUGGUGAUUUCAGAUGGCGCACCGGAUGUAACAGGUCUACACGAUCUAGAUAUUUACAUUCAAUCACAACUACUCUAUGCUGCGCUGAACCUCGCCAUGGGAGUCUUGCGGCCUGGAGGCAAGUUUGUCGCCAAAAUUUUCCGAGGUCGAGACGUCGACCUCUUGUAUGCCCAGCUACGUACUGUGUUCGAGCGGGUCAGCGUUGCGAAGCCACGCAGCAGUCGCGCGAGUAGUCUAGAGGCUUUCGUUGUUUGUGAGGGUUUCAUUCCUCCUGUGAAUGACGCGGGGCUGGUUGGAAUGGCGGCUCUGAAGAAUCCCCUCUUUGGUGGAGCUGCAGCACCACAGUCUGUCUCCGAGGACGGCAAUAUCGCCGUUCAGGUGCGGGAGCAGGUCGACGAGGAUGCAAAUGCCCGACCAGUACUGGGAGGUCCUCCAUCAGGCGACAGCACUUCGGCGACUGGCCAUUCCGUCGAGGUCCGGCAUUUGCACAAGUCAACCACAGAAGAUCGCCUCCCAUCACAGGACACGCGCAGCAAGUUUGCAGUAGAGCAUCGGUGGAUUCCCUCGUUUAUCGCCUGCGGUGAUCUUUCCGCGUGGGAUUCAGAUGCUACCUAUACACUCCCACCUGAUUACGUUACGCUGGACCCAGUUCAGCCUCCUACGGCACCUCCGUACCGCAAGGCGCUUGAACUGAGAAGACAGAUGGGCGGGGCGUAUGGGAAGACAAAACUCCGGGCUGAAAGCCAUGCUUGA